GUUUUUUUUAAUCGUAUACUUAAGACAAGAUACUUGAAUAUAAUGUUUGACAACAAGAAAGUAUAAGAAAUAAUUGUUCUUAAAAAAAAAUAAUGUAAAUGAGCUCAGCAGGUCCCCGGAUGUUAUCGCGGAAGUGAAACCACAACAAGCUCGAGCGGCCAUGGCGCCCACGGCUACUGCUAAUGUCAACAUGACCACUAAUGGCAACGUGGAGCAGAAGGUGUUGCAGUAUGAGAAGUUUAUUGACGACGUCUUGAAGAAGGAUUUACAAGCGGUGAUGGAGCAGCGAGACUCCGUUUAUGAUCAAACAGCUCAGUACCUGCAGCUCAAGAACACCAUACAGAGUUUGCAGGAGACAGGCUCUCAGCGCCUGAAGACAGAUGUUGACCUGGGAUGUAACUUCUACGUUCAGGCAGAAGUGGAGGACUCAUCCAAGAUCUUCGUGUUGGUGGGCUUUGGCUUUUUCGUGGAGAUGGACCACACGGAAGCUCUGCGCUUCAUCGACAAGAAGACGAAUCAGCUCACAGCCUUCACGGAUCAGCUGACCAAAGACGCUGCUAAAAUCAAAGCAAACAUCCGCAUGGUGCUGGAGGGUCUGCGAGAACUUCAGGGCAUUACAGAUCUUCCAGAGCCCAGCAGAAGAGAAGUCUUCUAGAUGUUUGGACUCAUCUGUGAACCCCCCCGACACGGCCUGGCCAGGACCACCAGCAGAAGGUCAGGAUCAGUUUAAUGGUUCUCCUGCAGACGUGCCUCAGACAGAGAGCGUGUCCUGCCAGGUCCACCCCUGGAUACGAUCCACCCAACUUCACCACAAGGCGCCGCUCCGUCAUCCAAACAUCUCCGGUCGCCAUGGCGACAAGAUGAUGGAUCAGUCGGAGGAUUUCUUUCUACCACAAAAUCAAUAAAGUAACUAUUUUUGUCAAGGUAGCCAACGCUACUUGAAGUCUUGUUAGGGGGUGACAUCAAACCUUUAUUGUGAAUCAAAUGUCACUUUCAGAACAAUAAAAGAGUGGGAGUGAGAAUAAUCCACAUUUUGUAUCAUUAGCAGCACUAACGAGCGGCGUAAGUGGAGGAAGAACACGGAAGUGUUUCCACUCGAACAUA